AUGGAGCGCUCCCCGUCCGACGGACCGCUGAACGCGUCGGGGGCGCUGGCAGGCGAGGCGGCGGCGGCGGCGGCGGGCGGAGCGCGCGGCUUCUCCACCGCCUGGACCGCGGUGCUGGCGGCGCUCAUGGCGCUGCUCAUCGUGGCCACGGUGCUGGGCAACGCGCUGGUCAUGCUCGCCUUCGUGGCUGAUUCGAGCCUCCGCACGCAGAACAACUUCUUUCUGCUCAACCUCGCCAUCUCCGACUUCCUCGUGGGGGCAUUCUGCAUCCCACUGUACGUGCCCUACGUGCUGACUGGCCGCUGGCCCUUUGGCCGGGGCCUCUGCAAGCUGUGGCUGGUGGUGGACUACCUGCUCUGCACCUCUUCUGUCUUCAAUAUCGUGCUCAUCAGCUAUGACCGCUUCCUGUCGGUCACCCGAGCCGUCUCCUACCGGGCCCAGCAGGGCGACACGCGGCGGGCAGUGAGGAAGAUGGUGCUGGUGUGGGUGCUGGCCUUCCUGCUCUACGGACCCGCCAUCCUCAGCUGGGAGUACCUGUCGGGGGGCAGCUCCAUCCCCGAGGGCCACUGCUACGCCGAGUUCUUCUACAACUGGUACUUCCUCAUCACGGCCUCCACCCUCGAGUUCUUCACGCCCUUCCUCAGCGUCACCUUCUUCAACCUCAGCAUCUACCUGAACAUUCAGAGACGGACCCGUGUCCGGCUGGACGGGGCACGCGAGGCGGCGGCCUCGGAGCUUCCCCCCGAGGCCCAGCCCUCCCCGCCGCCGGCCGCGCCCAGCUGCUGGGAUUGCUGGCAAAAGGGGUGUGGGGAGGCCGUGCCGCUGCACAGGUGCGGGGUUGGGGGUGGCGAGGCAGCCCCAGGCACCGGGGCCGAGGCUGGGGAUGCGGUCCUCGGGGGCGGCAGCGGGGGACGUGCCGUGGCCUCGCCCACCUCCAGCUCUGGCAGCUCCUCGAGGGGCGCCGAGCGGCCACGCUCACUCAAGCGGGGCUCCAAGCCAUCCGUGUCCUCAGCGUCCUUGGAGAAGCGCACGAAGAUAGUAUCCCAGAGCAUCGCCCAGCGCUUCCGGCUCUCGCGGGACAAGAAGGUGGCCAAGUCGCUGGCCGUCAUCGUGAGCACCUUUGGGCUCUGCUGGGCCCCGUACACACUCCUCAUGAUCACCCGGGCCGCCUGCCACGGCCCCUGCGUCCCCGACUACUGGUACGAGAUGUCCUUCUGGCUGCUGUGGGCCAACUCGGCCGUCAACCCUGUCCUCUACCCGCUGUGCCACUACAGCUUCCGCCGGGCCUUUACCAAGCUGCUCUGCCCACAGAAGCUCAAGGUGCAGCCCCCCAGCUCCCUGGAGCACUGCUGGAAGUGA